AACGAGUAUUAGCACCUGUAUGGGAAUAUUUUCACUGUGAAAAAACAAACUCACAUGGACAUUACUCAGCAAAGUGUUCUUUUUGUUCAACUAAAUGGGCAAGAGGUGAACGGUUAAAGCUUGAAGCCUAUCUUGCAUUACAGUGCUCUUAUGUUGAAGAUCAUAUUCGACAGUCAUAUUUACUACAUGCAUUUAUAGUCUGUGGUAUUUCAUUUUCUAUAGUUGAAAAUCCAUUUUUUAUCGAUUUACUUCAAAAUUUAUGUCCGGACUAUCAACCACCAUCACGGGAAGUUUUAGCUGGACGUUUAUUAGACCAAGAAUAUGCUAAAGUUAUAGUUAAGCGUGAAACUAUCUUUC